AUGUCGAAAGUCUACGUCGGAAACCUCUCGUGGAACACCACCGACGAAACCCUCCGCUCCGCCUUCUCGGAGUUCGGCCAGGUCGUCGACUCGAUCGUCAUGCGCGACCGCGACACCGGCCGCAGCCGCGGCUUCGGGUUCGUGACCCUCGGCAGCGAGAGCGAGGCGCAGGCCGCCAUCGAGGGGCUGAACGAGCAGGACCUCGACGGCCGACGCCUCCGCGUGAACCUGGCGAAUGCUCGUCCCUCCGGUGGUGGUGGCUCAGGGUAUGGCGGGGGUGGCUAUGCUGCUGGUGGGGGUGGCGGUGGCUACGGCGGCGGCGGCGGCGGCUACAGUGGUUACUAG